AUGUCGUCGGCCAAUUCUCCGAUCACCCAAUCGACGACGACGUUAUCGUCCAAUAUGAAACACUUUUGGCAGCAGGAUGCGGACCUAGCUAUCUGCACCACGUGUGGCAACCAAUACUCCUCGGAAUCAGGACCCGAAGAGUGUCUUAUCUGCUAUGAUGACCGACAGUACCCGUGCCCAACUGGCCAAACGUAUACGUCGCAGAAACUGCUCGGAUCAACAACGUCGUUUGAACUUGUUCCAGAAGAAUCAGAUGCUCGCAUUCUGCGAAUCAAGCUCGACCCUCCUUUCGCUAUCGGCCAGACGCCUAUCGUGCUGCUCACCCAGGCUGGUGCCGUCAUCUGGGACUGUUGCGGCUUUGCCUCUGUCGAACUCAUGCAGAGUAUUUGUGCAGCUAGCCCUACCGGCAAAGUCCACUCGAUCGCCAUUUCGCAUCCACACUUCAAUGCGGCAAGCCUGACAUGGGCCAAGAUGCUCAACUGCAAAGUCUUCAUCUCCAAGCUCGACCGCCACUGGUAUCAACGUGGCCUGAACUGCCACCCUUCUAACCCCGAUGUCCCUGCACGCCGACAGUACCUUGUCCAAGUCCAAGACGAUAUUUUCUCGAUCCCAGGUAUUCCCAGUCUCACGCUCAUCAGAUGCGGCGGCCAUUUCCCUGGCUCCAACGCUCUUCACUGGGAUCGCGACGCCGAAGCCCCAGCUCCCCGCAAACCAAGAGGCGCCGCUGUCUUUUGCGCCGAUACUUUCAUGGUCACAUUGGACAGGAAGAGGUUCACUUUCGCAUACAGCUUCCCAAACAACAUCCCACUUCCGCCGCGCGACGUCGAACACAUCUGGAUGCAGAUGCGCAACUUUAACUGGACGGCCACCUUCGGUGGUUGGUCGGGCCGCCACAUCCUGACCGACUCCCGAGCUGCUCUCUUGCGUUCUGCACGCUACUACGUCGAGAAAGAAGGUCACUCUCCCGAUGCAUUCGAGACAUUCAAGUAA